GUUUCCACUGAGCUGUCGGCGGAAACGACGGAUUUGAAACACGGCUGUAAUAUAUAAUGCGGACCCCGGAUCUGCUGUGCUCUGUCGCUUGUAAUUGAACAGUCGGUUCAAGAUCUCUCUACAAGAGCACUCGUUCGUGUUUGUUUUCAGCUGAUCAGAGCAAUAUGGCCCAGUCUAACGAAGUGUUGGAGAAGAUGAUUGCAGAAGUCAUGAAAUACGACUAUGUGCGCUUCUCGUUUGCCGACAUGAACUGUAUUUCUAGAGGAAAGCUCAUGCCUGCAAGAAAUGCGUCUCUUUACCUGGAAGACGGUGUCACUAUGUAUGCAGGAGUCGUGGUCUUGGGUCCGCAUUCCGAGUGCGUCGUGCCACCCCGAGUGGAAGCGAUGCAAUCCGGCAACAUGAGCAUCAUCCCUGACCUUGACACGCUGCACCCCGUGCCCUGGAUGGGCAUGGGCAAGUACAGGGUCGGGGAGCUGCUGUGCGAGACCUACUGGCUGGACGACACGCACCAGGACGCCUGCCCCCGCUACGUUGCUAGGAGACAGGUUGACAGGCUCUCCGAGAUGGGCUACAGCAUUUACUCCGGCUUCGAACUGGAGUUCCACAUGUCCUGUCUAGAAACCAAGCAGCCGCUGUUCCACGACAAGGACUACAUGUGCAACAGGACAGUGGCGAGGAACGAGAGGCUGUUCCUGGACAUGGAGAAGUAUCUUCUGGACGCCGGCGUCGACAUUGACAUGCUGCACACGGAGCACGGCGCGGGGAUGAUGGAGGGCGUCCUCAGGCCCAAGUAUGGAAUAAAGAGUCCAGACAUGACGUUCAUCUUCAUUCAGGGGAUCUUGGAAAUGGCCGACAAAAACGGAUAUCUUGCCAAUUUCAUGUCCAAACGAGACAUGAAUGAUGACGGCAAUGGUCUGCAUUUCAGUCACUCUGUCUAUGAGAAGCAUACCGGCAAGAACGUCUUUUACGAUCCCACUAAACCCGAUAACCUGUCUGAUCUAGCUAAGCAUUGGGUGGCAGGCUUGAUCAAACAUUCUGGGGCCAUGGCGGCAUUGCUCUGCCCCACCGUCAACUGCUAUCGCCGCCUGUUUCGUGCCUGGGCACCGGGGAAAGUAUUCUGGGGAAUAGAAAACAGAUAUGCGGCUUAUCGAGCCAAGAAUAAGGGCUCCAAGUACACUUACCUUGAGAAUCGCAUCUCUGGCGGGAAGGCCAACCCGUACCUGGUAUUCGCUGCGACGGUUGCUGCCGGUUUGGAUGGCAUCAUUAAUAAACUAGAGUGCCCGGCGCCAAACGACGAGGAGUCUGCUAAGGAUCUUCCCCAUUCUCUGUCGUCUGCUCUUGCGGAACUCGAAGCAGACGCAGUAAUAGUGGAUGCACUGAGCGAGGAAUUCGUGUCGUGGUAUGUACAGAACAAAACCGAAGUGGAUAUCAACAUCUUGGAAGGACCUAAUGCACCCAAAGACGACGUCGCUAAAUUGAAUGCCGAAACCCUCAUGUAUUGUUAAGUUAGCACUUGUCCUCAAGCUGGAUAAGAGGUUAAUUUAUGGUUGUGAAAUCUAUAGAUGCAUUAUCAAAAUGCUUAGUAACUAAAGAAUCAUAUGUUAUAUAUUAUAGUUGCAUAUGAAGCUGACAAUGCUAGGUAACUCCAAGAACCACGUGUUAUAUCUUCUAGUUGAAUAUGAAGCUAACGAAAUUAGUUAUAUUCUUAUAGAAUAUAAAGGCUAUGUGCUAAGACACCACAAAUAAUGUGUUUUAAUGUUUCAGCUGUAUAUGAAGCUAAUAUGUAAUAUUGUAAAAUCUGUAGAUGCGGCAAUACGUUGUUUAACAAAGAAUACCUUUUAAUCGUGUAGUAUAUAUAAAGUUAUAUAAUUAACUGUAUGGUUUUGGAUAUAAAGAUAUAUGUUUUAAUACAAUUUUCGACACACCAAAGAAACUCGUAUAUAUGACGCUAAUAUAAUGUUGUAGAAUAUAUUAAAGGGAUAUUUCUGAGUUUUCUGCCAUCUUUAAAGGGACAUUCCUGAGUUUGCUUCACUUUUUAAGAUGUUAUUGACUAACAGCCUUUUUGACGAUUGUAAUUACAUAUCAAAUAC